CUAUGUCAUUCUGUCAAGUUGUCUUGUGGAGGAAGAAAAAAAACAAUUGUAGUUUCACUAUUUUUACUGGUGUUUUUUAGUAUUUUUUUGCUAAAUAACAAACAUUCAGCCACAGUUUAUUAUUAUGUUUUUAAUCUUGCAACAGCAAAAAUUGUAUGUAUAUUAAUUUUGGAAUAGCAUGACAUCAGCCAUGUCACCCUCAGAGAGAAGAUUGCAAAAAGAGUUGAUGUCCCUGAUCAAGGAUCCACCACCAGGUGUUUCAGUGGACGCUGAACAAGCAGAACAGAACUUAUUGCAAUGGACUAUCCAUAUGGAAGGUGCCACAGGCACGUUAUACGAAGGAGAAAGCUUCCAAUUGCAAUUCAAAUUUAGCAAUAAAUACCCAUUCGAUUCACCCGAAGUGACAUUUGUCGGCAGCAAUAUUCCAGUGCACCCUCACGUCUAUAGCAACGGCCACAUUUGCUUAUCGAUAUUAACUGAUGAUUGGUCGCCGGCAUUGUCGGUGCAAGCAGUUUGUCUGUCCAUUGUAUCGAUGCUCAGUAGUUGCAGGGAAAAGCAACAACCACCUGAUAAUGCAUUUUAUGUUAAGACUUGCAAUAAAAAUCCAAAGAAGACAAAAUGGUGGUAUCACGACGACUCUGUAUAAAACCAAAUGUGAUCCUACAUUCAGGGCCUGACAGUUUCAUAAUUAUAAUGAUUUUCUGUCACACGAAUAAUGUUUUUUCAAACAAUUAUAUACAUAGUACUUAUUAUAAUAAAGUUUUUAUUUAUUACGACUUUAUUAAUUUAAUAUAGUAAUUAUAUUAUUUUAUCCAGUAAUAAUUUUGUGUAGGUAAACAGAAAAAAACAAUCUAGAAUUAUUUGGUUGGGUUGAUCUAUAAUUGAAAUUAAUCUGUGAUAAAUUGAAGGUGUUUAACUAAAAUUUGUAAUUUUAAAUGUGACCCUACAUUGAUUUUACGUCUGCACUCUGCCAAUUGAAUAAAAAAAGUAUAUGCCUAUUUUGACUUGACUGAUUCUGUUUUGCAAAUUUGUACCACCUUCAAAUUGAUUGCAAUAUUAGCAGUUUUUUUUUUGUAAAUCUUUAUUAUUUUAUUAUUGAAAUAUUUUGUUUUUAAUUGUAAUAUAAUAAAUUGUACCUGUAAAAAUUGUUGUUUUUCUGCUGAAAUGCACUUGGGUCGCAUUUGAGAAUCUACUUCAAAACUCUAGGUAUUUAUGUUUAGAUCUGUCUUAAACUUCCAGAUUUGAAAAUAUUUAUUUAUUUAUUUAU